AUGUUGCCAACUAGUGGAUGGUCUCUUAAACUUCCACGCGCAAUAUUUCUUGUGCUGUUACUGCAAAUACAACUGGUAUUUGGGUUAGUGAACACAAAAGUUGGCGAUCCUCAGAUUAGGUGCAUUGAUAAAGAGAGACAAGCACUGGUCUCCUUAUUUCAGAGCAGCUCGUCUAAUUGGCUUCCUUGGCUGACUGAAGAAGAUUGUUGCAAAUGGGAAGGUGUCCAUUGCAGCAAUCAAACAAACCAUGUGAUUGCAAUUCACAUUCCGCCUCAACAAGUCAUCGGUUACUCGCUUGCACAAGGCGCGAUUAACCGUUCGCUGAUUGAGCUGCAGCAGUUGGAGAGUUUGAACCUCAGCUCUAAUUACAUUCGCCAAAUCCCGCCGUUCCUCGGUUUUCUCGGUAAUUUAAGGUACCUCGAUCUCUCCAACACCGAUGUAAGUGGUGCCAUUCCGACUGAGCUUGGAAAUCUUUUCAACAUAAAAUAUCUUGAUCUCAGUGGCAAUAGUUAUGCUCAAGUCCAAAACCUCAAAUGGCUUUCUAAUCUAUCCUCUUUAGAAUAUCUUGAUCUAAGCCUACUUAAUCUGAGUAAAUCCCAUGAUUGGUUACAAACCAUAAAUGGGCUUCCUAAGCUAAGAACCUUAAGAUUAGGUGGCUGUGUUCUUCCUGCUCCUACUGUCUCAUCACUUUCCCACACAAGUUAUUCAAAUUCUCAACCCAUCCUUGAAGAAAUUGAUCUUCAUGGAAACUAUUUGACCUCUUCAAUAUUCCCAUGGUUAUUCAGCCAUAGUAGUACCAAGAUUUUCUAUCUUAAUGUUUCCAAUAACCAGCUAAAUGGUGUGAUUCCUGAAGCUUUUGGCAACAUGAAUCUUCUACAAUUUCUUGAUCUCAGCAACAACCAACUUGAAGGUGGGAUUCCCAAGUCUUUUGGAAAUCUAUGUAGUUUGAGGGAGUUGUAUCUAAUGGGAAAUCGAAUUAGCGGACAGCUCGACACGUUUAUUGAAACGUUGUCUAAAUGUUCCCGAAAUUCAUCAGUAUCUUUGAGUCCUAGCUCCAAUGAAACUAUGGAGCUAUUCCUCAACAGUACAAGACUUUCGUUAAAAGUUUUGGAUCUUGGUAACAACUAUUUAAGUGGAACGGUACCAGAAGUUAUUGGAAACUUCACUGAGCUAGAGGUUUUUCAUGUUGGUGAGAAUUCUCUGAAAGGUGUUAUUUCCGAAUCUCAUUUCUCGAAGCUUUCGAAGUUGAGGUAUUUGGACUUGUCUUCCAACUCCUUACUUUUAAACUUCACUGAUGAUUGGGUUCCUCCCUUUCAGUUGGACACCAUAAAAGCGAGUUCUCUCAAUUUAGGACGUCGUUUCCCGAAAUGGAUUCAAACUCAAAACAACUAUUCUGAGCUUGACAUUUCUAAUGCUUCCAUUUCCGGAACCAUUCCUACUUGGUUAUGGACUCUUUUAUCUUCCAAAUCAUGCCGAAUCAACCUCUCUCACAACCAACUUAGUGGAAGAUUACCAAAUUUGUCAAUAGACUUGCCAAGUUUGCCUGAACUAAAUUUGAGUUCAAAUCAAUUGGAAGGUCCAAUUCCAUCAUUUCUAUCGAAUGUGAAAUCUUUGGACCUCUCCAAUAAUAACUUAUCGGGGCCUAUUUCUUUCCUAUGCACGGGUAGAAGCUUGCCGGAGAUCACGUUUGUCGAUCUUUCAAAUAAUCAAUUGUCAGGAGAGUUACCAGACUGUUGGGGCCUUUUCAGAUAUCUAGUCAUUCUUGAUGUCGCCAACAACAAUUUAUCUGGGAAGAUUCCUGCCUCAAUGGGGGCUUUGGGGAAUAUUCAAGCAUUGCAAUUACGCAACAACAAGUUCUUUGGGGAAUUGCCUGCGUCUUGGUUUUGCCCCAAGUUACAAGUUCUUGAUCUUGGAGGAAAUGAAAUUUCAGGACCAGUACCGGAAUGGAUAGGAGAUGGAUUUCCGGAUUUUUUGAUCGUCCUUAGCCUUCGAUCGAAUAACUUUUCUGGAAGCAUACCAUCAAAGCUAUGUCACUUGGCUUACAUUCAACUUUUUGAUCUGUCUGGGAACAACAUUUCUGGUGAAAUUCCCAAAUGCCUUAACAACCUCACAGCACUUACUGAAAGAAGUCAGAAACCCAAUAUGACGAUCAGAAUUCCCUACACAAGUGGGCUUGGAAGUGAAGGUGUUUACAAGAGCACUUUUGAUGCGGAAUCAUCCGUGAAUUGGCAACGCAAAGUGUACGAAUACAAGAAUAUCUUGGGACUCCUCAAGUGCAUUGACCUCUCAAACAAUGCCUUGGCAGGACAAAUUCCUGAGGAAAUCACUCAUUUAGCUGGAUUAGUCUCUUUGAACCUGUCAUGGAACAGCUUGACGGGUCAAAUCCCCCGUGACAUCGGUGACUUAAAAGAGUUGACUACCCUGGAUUUGUCAAGAAACCGGUUGUACGGUCAAAUUCCUCCGAGCCUUUCUCAGAUCGAUUUUCUCGCUCUGUUGAACUUGUCAAACAACAACUUGACGGGAAGGAUUCCAAAAGGCACUCAACUGGGAUUAGAUGCUGCUUUUUAUGCUGGGAAUCCUGGACUUUGUGGGUUUCCACUCGAGGAGUGCGAGGCUCCAGAACCAGAAGGCUCUACUCGCAAUGAACAAGGAGAUGAAGAAGAUAGUUUUAUAACUCAAGGAUUUUAUUUUAGCACGGGGCUUGGAUACGCUGUUGGAAUCUGGGUUGUUAUCGGGACUUUGAUAUUCAGCGACUCCUGGAGAUUCAAAUAUCUGAAGUUCUUGAGUGACAUUUAUGAUUGGCUUUACGUGAUGAUACUACUGAACAAGGCAAAAUUAGAGAGGAUGCUCAAAACAUAA